AUGAAUAUCAUCAGUUGGAAUGCCCGGGGUUUGGGGAACCCGAGUGCAUUCAGGUAUCUGUGCUUGCUUGUUCAAGAGCAAGCUCCCUGUGUUCUUUUUAUAAUGGAAACUAAGUUGCAAUAUGGUAGUAUAGAUAGAUUUCGUAAUACAUUACAUUUUCCUAAUGGCAUUGAAGUACCAAGGCAAGGACUCGGAGGUGGGCUUAUGCUACUUUGGAAGCCCCAUGUCACACUUUCCAUUAACAAUUUCUCACAAAAUCACAUUGAUUGUUUUAUGGAAAAUCAAGAUGGACCAUCUUUGCAUUUUACUGGGUUUUAUGGACACCCUUGUGCUGCUCAAAGACAUCUCACUUGGACUCUGUUACGACGAUGCUAUGAUAUUUCUCCAUUAUCUCCUUGGCUGGUUUUAGGAGAUUUUAAUGAAGUCCUUUCUCAUGAAGAUAAAAUCGGUGGACCAAGAAGAGUAGAAGCUCAGAUUACUGCUUUCAGAUCAGCUAUUGAUACUUGUAAACUCAGUACAAUCCCUUUUCAAGGUGAAAGAACAACUUGGACUAACAAGCAUCAAGGAAAUGGAAAUGUUAAAGAGCGCCUUGAUUAUGGAUUUAUCAAUAGUCAUUGGGAGGCUACUUUUAUUACUCCAUCUAUAACACAUUUGGACUUUUAUAACUCUGAUCAUAGAGCUCUAAAAGCAUCUGUAUCCGCUCUUAAUGAUCAGCCUGAGAUCACGCAUUUUCGAUCACGAUUUCGGUUUGAAAAAAUUUGGUUGAAGGAAGCUGAUUGUGCCGAAAUCAUUCUAGCCAAUUGGAAAACUGGUACCAACAAUUCUUUACUUCAGAUCACAAAUAAUAUUUCGAAUUGUGCUUCCAGUCUGCAACAGUGGCAUUUUUCACACUUUGGUAAUUUGAAAAAAGAAAUUAAGGAGUCUCAUGAACAUGUAUCAGCUCUUCAGAACUCAUCGAGCACAGAUCCUCACCACUUUGAGGCUCUAAAAAAUUCUGAAUCGAUCUUGGAUGAAUUACUAGCUAAGGAGGAGGAUUAUUGGCACCAAAGGGCAAGAAUUUCUUGGAUGAAAUCAGGUGAUUCAAAUACUAAAUUCUUCCACCAACGUGCAAAUGCUAGAUCCUCUAACAAUCGCAUUAAAAAACUCCGAGAUGACGCUGGUAACACCCAAACCAGUGAAUCUGCACUACUGGGAAUUAUUUCCACAUAUUUUCAGACUAUCUUCAGCAGCUCUGGGAUUAAUACUCAUGCAAUUAAUUCUAUAUUGGAUGUAAUUCCAACAACAAUAGAUGCUCAGUCUCGAGAAGCACUUUCAGCACCUUACACUGCUUCUGAUGUUCUCAAUGCACUAAACUCAAUGAGUGAUGAUAAGAGCCCGGGAAUUGAUGGUAUGUCAGUCAUGUUCUUCACAAAUUAUUGGCACAUUGUUGGCUCUCUUGUUACAGAAUCAGUUCUAGAUGUUCUCAACAACAGUGCAGAUCCUACUCUCCUAAACAAAACGAUCAUUACACUCAUUCCAAAGGUUAAAAAACCUCAGCUCAUUACACAGUACCGGCCCAUUAGUUUGUGUAUUGUCCUCUAUAAAUUGAUUUCCAAGUCAAUUGUAUUGAGAAUCCAGCCAUUCUUGCCAUUGGUUAUUUCGGAGUAUCAAAGUGCUUUCAUGUCUCAACGAUUGAUUACUGAUAAUGUUCUAAUAGCUUUUGAGCUGCUACAUUCACUUAAGAAUCGAAAGCGAGGAAAACAAGGUUAUGUUGACAUUAAACUGGACAUGUCUAAGGCUUUUGACCGUGUUAAAUGGCACUAUGUUGCUCAAGUUAUGUUGAAGAUGGGUUUUGGUUCAACCAUGGUGAAUCUUAUUCUUCGAUGUUUACUGAAUGGGAAAGUACUUGGAGAUCUAACCCCCACACGUGGAAUUCGACAAGGUGAUCCACUCUCGCCAUAUCUUUUUCUAUUUUGUGCUGAAGGUCUUUCAAGGUUACUGCAAUCUGAAGAGAACAAUGGAUCUUUACAAGGGCUGUGUGUCUCAAGAACUGCUCCCUCAGUUUCGCAUCUCUUUUUCGCUGAUGAUAGUGUGCUCUUUUGUCGUGCUACUCAACAAUCAGCUAGCUCUAUUCAACAUGUGUUACAUAUUUAUCAUCAAGCUAGCGGUCAAGCAAUCAAUCCGGAUAAAUGUGUGCUCUCUUUCUCUCCGAAUAAAAGGCCUUCUCAUCAACGCUAUUUCCAACAGCUUCUUAACAUGCCCAUACAGCCUUGUCAUGAGGAAUAUCUUGGUCUUCCCUCUUUUGCUGGUCGAGAUAAAACUAAACUUUUCAGUGGGAUUACAGAUAAGAUUUGGAAGCUCCUUAGUAGAUGGAAAGAGCAAUUGUUUUCUGCUGGUGGAAAGGAAGUACUUCUGAAAGCAGUGGUGCAAGCAAUCCCUACAUACGCUAUGAGCUGCUUUCGAUUGCCUGUCACUUUGUGUAAUCAAAUUGAGAGCAUGAUGGCUAAUUUCUGGUGGGGAUCCACAUCAUCUGGCAAUGCCAUUCAUUGGAAGAAUUGGAAUUCUCUUUGUAAAGCCAAGGUUCAUGGAGGUUUAGGCUUUAGGAACUUCAUCCAUUUCAAUCAAGCCUUACUAGCUAAGCAAGCUUGGCGAAUAUUGGAAUCACCAAACUCUCUUCUCAGCCGUGUUCUGCAUCAUAGAUAUUUUUUGAAUGGUAGCUUUCUUACUGCUGGUUUAGGUGCCUGUCCUUCAUUAACAUGGCGAAGCAUUGUUUGGGGAAAAGAACUUCUUGCUAAGGGCCUUCGUUGGAGAGUAGGAAUUGGAGAUCGAAUCAAUUGUAAGUCUGAUCCGUGGCUUCCUGGUCAUACUGAGUUCACACCUUUCAACUUCAUAGGCAAUGAUAAUUCACUCCAAGUUGCUGAUCUGAUCACUCAGAAUAGACAAUGGGAUUUAACUACUAUCUCAGCAAACUUUGGUCAAGCUGACAUAGAUAUAAUACUCUCCAUCCCUCUUACCAUCUAUCCCUCAGAUGAUAUUUUAAUUUGGAAUGGCACUAAUUCGGGGAAUUACAUGGUUAAAUCUGGCUAUUACUUUGCCUCUUCCCUGGCUGAACUUAAUGAUGCUGGCAGUACUUUCUCAAGUGAAAAUUGGUGGACUAAGUUUUGGAAGUUGAAAUUACCUUCGAAACUUCGCAUAUUUGUCUCGAAAGUAUAUCAUAAUGUCCUACCAGUGGCUGCUGAACUCAACCGCAAGCAUAUUGCAGAAUCACCUUACUGUCCUUUGUGUAAAAUGCAGAAAGAAUCAAUAAAUCAUGCUUUGUUCCUCUGCUCCCGAGCCAAGGAGGUUUGGUGUUUCUUUCCUCAUACUUUGAAUUUUAAACUGGCUGCUACCACUACAUCAGAGGAAUUCCUGCUCUAUGUCUCGGCCAAUACAUCUACACCAGAUUUUGAACAGUUUCUCACUCUCUGUUGGAGUAUUUGGUUUGAGAGAAAUGCUGAGUUUCAUGGUAAAUUGCCCAAGCAGCCUGCUGCUAUCUUCACGUUUGCUACUGGCUACAUCUCAAAGUAUCAAACUGUGCACAACUCGCAACAGAUUACUGCUGUUUCUCCAGUUGCAGACCCCACUCCAACAUUUGUCUCACCAAAUGCACCCUCACCUACUCCUUGGAUCGCACCUCCUGUGGGUAAAUGGAAGCUAAAUACUGAUGCAGCCUGCAACAGAUCUAAUAAAUUAAUUGGUAUAGGUGCUGUAUUGAGGGAUUCCAAUGGCUACAUCAAAGCUGCUUUUUCCAAAUCGAUUAUAGGGUGUUUCAAACCUGAAGAGAUGGAAGCUACUGCUAUGGCUUUAUCUCUGCAAUGGCUCAUCAACCUCGGCUUAACUGCUGACUUCAUUGAAACUGAUUCAUUAUUAGUAGUUCAGGGUUUAAAAGCUGCACUUCAUUGUAAUUCUGCUUUUCAUUCUAUGUUAAAAGAUGUCAACUAUUUAGUAUCCUUUUUCCCACGAGCACAGGUCACUCAUGUUAGGAGAUCUGCUAAUACUUAUGCCGAUGUCUUGGCUAAGUUUGCUCUUACGGUGGAUGCUGAUUGUUGGAGGAAUUUCCACCUCCACUUAUGA